AUGGUAAUUCUUGAGGACUGCGAUGCUUAUUUGGAAGAUAUCAAUGAACUUGAUGAUGAUGAACAACAACAACAAAACUCAAACAACAAUUGCGUCUAUAACGUCGAUGAAUCUCUAACUCUUUCCAAUUUCUACGUAAAAGGGUUCAAAGAUAUUACAUCCAAAGUCGAAAACCUCUUCUCUCUUGGAUUAGAAUUGACAAUGGAUAAUGACCCAGAUGCUCAAUACCGAUUUACAGUGGCCUCUAACAACUUGUUGCUCGAGAUUGAUAGCCAAGUCUUUAACCUCUACAAUCUUAUUCGCGACAAGUAUUGCAAGAAAUUCCCAGAACUCGAAUCUGUAAUUCAAGAACCUAUCGAAUACGCUCAAGUUGUUAAAAAGAUUGGUAACGAAAUAGAUAUCACUGUAAUCGAUGGCUUAAACUUAGCCCCAGCUAUUCUAAUGGUAGUUUCUAUAACAGCAUCAACAACUAGUGGAAAACCACUUUCGGAACAAGAUUUAGCAGACACAAUACAUGCAUGUGAUUACGUUCUUGCUCUUGAUUCGUCGAAAAAAAGAGUGUUGGACUUGUUAGAGGCUAGAAUGAGAUAUAUUGCACCGAAUCUUUCAGCCAUUGUUGGUGUCACUGUUGCGGCGAAGCUUAUAGUUGCUGUUGGUGGUCUUUCAUCACUGGCAUUUACACCUUCUUGUAAUGUUAAGCUUGUUGGUGCUGUUAAAAAAGCAAACAUAGGAUUCUCAAAUGUGAAAACAUGUCUGUUAGGUUAUCUUGAGGAAACUGAGAUUUAUAGGAGCUUGCGGCCUUCAUUGAAGAGGUGCAUUGGUGGAAUUUUACCUAAUAAAGCUGUAUUAGCAGCUCGUAUGGAUUUAACUAAAGGAGAUCCAACGGGGAAGUGGGGAAGGGACACGUUGGAUACGAUACGUGAGACGAUUGAGAAGUUGCAAGAGCCUCCUCCUGCUGCAAGACUAGCCAAACCACUCCCAGUUCCUGUUCUUGAUUAUAGUUCUAAAAAGAAGAAAAGGGGUGGCCAACGACAAAGAAAUUCAAAGAAACGUUAUGGGAUAACCGAGACUAGAAAGUUGGCUAAUAGGGUGCAGUUUGGAGUACCUGAGGAGAGUUAUUUAGGUGCUGGAUAUGGCAAGGGAUAUGGGAUUCUUGGCCAGGUUGGUUUGAAGGUUCAGAGAAAGCUUCCAGCAAGGAAUUGGGUUUGUUAAUUUAUAGGUUCAUGCAAGUCGUCUUGGCGUUGGAAUUGGAAGUACCUUUUCUUAGAUAGGAUUUGAGUAAAUUUUAGUUCUUUUAUAUUUGUGUCA